AUGUCGGUCGAAGUCGUGACAGGAACACCACUGGCCGAAGCUCUUCACAAUGCCGUGCAACCAAAGCUCGCCGAGGUUGGCUGGAGCACCGGCGCCGCAGACGACUCAGCCCUCGCCGAGUACAUCAUCCUCAUGCUCGUCAACGGCAAGACCCAGAGCCAGAUCGCAUCAGAACUUUCCAACGACCUGCUAGGUCUCGGUCCUGACGAUCCUAGCACCAACGAGUUUGCGACAUGGCUGUUCGACCAAGUACACACGCUGAAUGCCCAGCUCAAUGGCGGCCAAGAUACCCAGAUGGAUGCGACGCAACCUGCAGUCGCUACAACUGCAAACCAGGAUAACUCGAACCAAGAUCAGGCCAUGGGCGAUGGAGGCGAUUCGGUACCUGAGGGUGCAAUCCCCACCGGACCUAAAUCGAUGCGCAACGGUAAGCAGCAAACACGAGACCGUCGCAUGCUCGGACACAUGAACAAGGCUCUCGAUCGCACAAACGAUGCUGCGCUGCAUAGAAUAAGAGGUGGUGGAGGCGUCGGGAGGAUCAACACCCACAAUAACCGCGAGCCUCCAAAGGGCCCUCGUAACAUGGCCAAUCGCAUGCAGAACAUGAGCCAGAUGAAUUCGCCCAUGACCCAAAACGCCAUCAUGGGAGCCAACCCGCAGCAACAAAUGCAGUUGUUCAAGAUGCUAGAAGAGCAGUCGCGUAUGAUGGCUCAGAUUCUUGGUCCUGGUCAGCAAUUUCCCAAUGCUCCCGCUAUCAACCCAGCAUUUUUCAACGGUCAACAAGGACAGCAAGGUCAGCAAGGAAAAUCGCUGUUCGAACGUGUCGAGAAACCUAGAAAGAACAGCAACUUCAAAAACAACCAGCGCCCCAAUGCAGGUGCAGACGCCAUGGAGACCGAUGGUGCUGAGAAUGCCGACUCAGAACAGAAAGAACCCUCGACCAUUCCUUGCCGCUUCCAGCUAUCUUGCACGAAUCCCUCAUGUCACUUUGGCCACCAGUCUCCCGCUGCACCGCCCGGCAUUGCUCUUGAUCUUACUGAUAAAUGUCCUUACGGCGCCGCCUGCACGAACAAGAAGUGCGUCGCAUCUCACCCGUCUCCUGCGCAAAAGCGUGCCCACCUCUCAACUCAAGUGGAUUGCAAAUUCUACCCCAACUGCACCAACCCGAACUGCCCCUUCAAACACCCCUCCACACCGCCCUGCAGGAAUGGCGCCGACUGUCCCGAACGCGACUCUGGUUGCCAGUUCUCACACAGCGACAUCAUGUGCCGCUACACGCCUUGUUUAAAUCCUAACUGCCCUUAUCGUCACAACGAAGGUCAAAAACGUAGCGCGAACUGGACAAACCCCAAUGCCAAACAUGUCAGCGACCGCACUUUUGUCACAGACGCAGACGGCGAGGAAGAGUUAAUUAUACCCGGUCAGGGUAAUGGUGACCAACAGCAACAAGGUCAAUCGACAGAGCAGCAGCAACAGCAAGGCCAGGCUCAACAGGCCAAUGCAGAUGUCAUCGCUUAG